AUGAAGGUGCACAUCUUUGGUAGGGUGUGGAGCCCUUCAUGUGCAACUUACGCUCUCCGGCGCACAUUCCAAGACCCCAGAUCCGAGUUUCCCGACAUGGUGGAGCAAGCGGAAGUCAACUUCUACGUUGACGACCUGCUCAUGUCGCUGGACUCAUCAAAUGAAGCAUCAAUGUUAGCGUGUCAGCUUCGAAGACUGUUGGCGUGUGGAGGAUUUCGGUUAACUAAGUGGGCCAGUAAUCACAAAGGAGUGUUGGCUACCAUCCCACCGGAGGAAAGGCAAAAUGCACUGAAGGAAAUUGAUCUGAGGCAAGACAAAUUGCCAAUGGAGCGAGCCCUGGGGGUUAGGUGGCUCCUGGAAGGUGAUCAGCUCGCCAUCAAGGUGCAACCAAAUUCAAGGCCAGCUACCAGGAGAGGAGUACUAAGCCUGUUGCACACCUUCUGCGAUGCAUCGCAGGCUGCUUACGGUGCGGUGACCUACCUGAGAAUGGUAGACUCUGGCGGAAGUAUCCAGUGCUCUUUCGUGUACGGACGGGCCAAGCUGGCCCCACUCAAGCAACUGACAAUACCAAGGCUGGAACUUUGUGCAGCUGUCCUGGCAGUGAACGCUGAUCGAACGAUUCGCCGAGAAAUGACCAUGACCAUACGCGAAUCUUAUUUUUGGACGGAUAGCAUGCUAGUCUUGCAGUACAUCGCCAAUUCGAGCAGACGAUUUCAAACGUUUGUAGCCAACAGGAAAGCAGUCAUACAAAAGCUGUCAAGAACUGACCAGUGGAGACAUUUCGGCACAUCGCUGAACCCAGCAGAUGAUGCAACUAGGGGAUUACCUGUCCUGGACCUGGUUGCAGGAUCUCGGUGGAUACGAGGUACUGACUUUCUACUCAGUGUUGAAGAACGGUGGCCAAAGGGAAAGGAACUGCCAGCAGUUCUGAACGACUUACUGGAGGUGAAACGAGAAGUACACCAGAGAUCUGUAGUUGCUCUGGCAGUGGGCGAGCAGUCAAAGUGGUCCCUCGCCAAACUAUGGCUCAGGUACUCAUCAUGGUACCGCUUGAAAGAGGCUUAUGAGAAAGAAAUCCAAACUGUCAUAAAGGGUGAGCUGCCGAAGGACAAUAAGCUAUAUAAACUGGAACCUUACUUGGACGAGCGAACGUUGCUCAGAUCAAAGGGAAGAAUUAAAGGAACCCUUCUUGGGCGAAGUGGUGAGGAGCCAAUCUUGCUGCCUAGAGACCACCACAUCAAGGAAAUCAUAGUGCGGGAGAUGCACGAAGAGAGAGCCGGACAUGCCGGACGAGAACACACGAUGGCGUGUGUGAGGCAAAGGUAUUGGAUUCCCCAGGGCAGACGCUUGCUUGAUAGAAUCAUACGACGCUGUGUAGUGCGCCGACGGAACAACUGGAGAAGUCGGCAUCAAAGGCAAGCUGACUUACCAAUUGAUCGUGUUACUCCUGGAAAGGCUCCAUUUGCUUACACUGGAACGGACUGUUUUGGUCCAUUCAUUAUCAAGGUAGGGAGGAAACAGGCUGAGCGCUGGGGAUGUCUGUUUACAUGUCUAACUAUUAGGGCUGUUCAUCUAGAAGUCUUGGCCUCAUUAGACGCAGAUGCCUUCCUCAACGCAAUAACAAGAUUCUCACGACGCAGAGAUACACCAGAUCGUAUUAGGUCGGAAAAUGGGACAAACAUGGUACGGGCAGCCAAAGAGCUCAAACUGGCAGUGAAAAGUUGGGAGCAAGAUGACAGACUCAGAGGUGCCUUACUAAUAGCAGAUAUUGGCUGGGUCUUCAAUCCACCAGCUGCCCCAUACACGGGGGGAGUAUGGGAAAGGCAGAUUCGCACAGUAAAGAAGGUUUUGCAGGCGAUUGUGGGCUCACAAGUUUUAGACGAUGAACGUCUGCAAACACUGUUCUGUGAAGUGGAAGCCAUAGUUAACGAGAGGCCAAUCACCCCGGUUCCAAACACUCCAAAUGAACCAAAGGCUCUCACUCCUGCUGAUCUUUUGCACUUAGGUCAAAAGGACCACGGCGCAACUUUCGCCCUGGUGACCUAA